CAAUUAGAGGUUCCAUGCUCAUCAGCGAACAUCGGCCCUGGAUUUGAUGUUAUCGGCCUAGCACUUUCCAUUUGGCUUGAAAUCCAGGUCGAAGUUACUCCUGAAGCACCAUCCUCUUCACCUCCACCGCCACUCGACUGUUUGGUAACCUAUGAGGGCGAAGGAGCAGGAAAUAUUCCUUUAACCGCCGAUGCAAACCUAAUCACUCGAACAGCACUAUACGUUCUACGGUGUCACGGGCAAAGAUCAUUUCCCGUUGGUACUAAAGUCCACAUCAAGAACCAAAUACCACUUGGACGAGGACUAGGAUCCUCCGGGGCGGCAGUGGUAGCCGGGGUAGUACUAGGCAAUGAAGUAGGAAAGUUAGGAUUGACCAAGGCGCGGAUGUUAGAUUACUGCCUUAUGAUCGAGCGCCAUCCAGAUAAUGUAGCCGCAGCACUCUACGGAGGUUUCGUAGGAACCUACCUGAAUGAUCUCUCUCCCGCCGACAUUUCUCGCAAAGAGAUUCCUCUUUCCGAGGUACUCCCAGCUCCUGCUGGGGGUAUUGAUACGGGUAUAAAGCCAUCUGAGCCUCCACUAAAUAUCGGUAAUUGCAUGAAGUUUGCAUGGGCAACAGAACUCAAAGCUAUUGUUAUAAUCCCCAACUUUGAAGUCGCUACCGCCGAGGCUAGACGAGUGCUUCCUCCCCAAUAUUCACGAGCAGACGUUGUCUUUAACCUACAGAGGAUAGCACUCUUGCCGAGUGCUCUGGGGAAGAGUCCGCCAGACGCUGAGCAGAUUUAUUUAGCUAUGCAAGACAAGGUGCAUCAGCCAUACAGAAAAGAGCUGAUUCCUGGUUUACCGGAAAUAUUAGCAAGUGUAACUCCAAAAAGCUAUCCUGGGCUAUGUGGGAUAUGUUUGAGUGGAGCGGGGCCUACGAUUCUAGCACUCGCAACCGAGAACUUUGAAGCAAUCGCGAGGGCAAUACUUCUCAUAUUUGAGAAACAAGGAAUUAAGUGUGAGUGGAGGAACCUUGAGCCAGCUACUGACGGCACAACUGUAGUGCAUAGCUAA